AACUGGGGACGGGUGGCUAAUUCAAGGACUGGUCACGUGGCUCAGAGACUGGCUUCAGCAAUGGAGGACAAAGUUUGAGUCCAGUCUUUCUACCUUUGCUUCUUCACCUCAGGCUUGCUUCAUGGUGCUGGGAAGGGCCCCGCCCAGGGGACAGAGGCAGUUGCAUAGGAUUGUCAUUCUAGAUGAGCAUUAUCAACCUGUAUCUCUCCAAAACCACAGGGGUCCCUAAGACCAUCAGAGAACACAGAUAUUUACAGUUGGUGGGUAGGAAAAUUAUAGUCAUAAAUUAGCAACAAUAAUUCUAUGGUUGGAGUCACCACAACAUGAGGAACUACAUUAAAGGGUCGCAGCAUUAGGAAGGAUGAGAGUCACUGCUCUCGAUAGAGCUUGGGGCCUACAGGUUUGGGAAUCAGAUGUCUAGUUAGUGAGCCUUUCAAGGCUGACUCAGAAGGGGUAACCUGGGACUCUGCGGAGGGCCAUGACAGGCAGAAUCCUGGCUGUCUUAGUUAGGGUUCCGUUGCUGUGAACAGACACCGUGACCAAGGCAAGUCUUAUAAGGACGACAUUUAAUUGGGGCUGGCUUACGGAGGUCCAGUUCAUUAGCAUCAAGGCAGGAGCAUGGCAGCGUCCAGGCAGCCAUGGCGCAGGAGGAACUGAGAGUUCUACCUCUUCAUUCAAAGAAGCCGGGAGCAGACUGUCUCCUGCGUGACUAGGAGGAAAGUCACAAAGCCCACCCCUACAGUGACAUACCAUCUACUCCAACAAGGCCACACCUCCUGAUAGUGCCACUCCCUAGGCCAAGAAUAUUCAAAGCACCACACUGACCCUGUGUGAGGUGAGGCUGGGUUGCCAGGUGACCAUCCCAGGGCAGCCACCCACUGUCCACCACUCACUGCCCACCACCCACUGUCCACCACCCACUGUCCACUUCUGUGCCCACUCAGCAACAGCGACUACCCUGAUACUGCUCGCUCCUUUGCCACCAUGUCGAGGCAGCUCAACAUGGACACCCUGCGGCAAAACUUCUGGAAGGAGGAAUAUCUCAAAGAGAUGAUGUUGCGCUACGAAUGGCAGCGCAAAUAUGGGACUCUGGUGAAGGCCAAGCAGAAGGCUAAGGCUGCGUCCCGUCUGCCCCUGAAACUGCCCACCCUGCAGCCUAAGACCCCAGCCACACCCCAGCCUGCCACCAAAACAGCCCCGUCUAGAGCCCCCAGCCCCACCCCAGAGCCUUUUACUCUGUCAGAAAUGUACCCAGUCCCGCCUGGCACCAAAGCCCUACUGUAUGAAGGCAUCUCUCAUGACUUUCAGGGGCGCUACCAGUAUCUCAACACCCGAAAACUGGACCUGCCAGAGACGCGUUACCUGUUCCCCGUCACCACCAACUUCACAUAUGGCUGGCAGCUGGGCCCUGCAACAAAGCAAGAAUUGGUCUCCUGCAAGAUGUGCCGAAUUGAGUCAUUCUUCCGUAAGAAUGGUGCCUUUGCACUCCUGGACCCACGAGAUCUGGCCCUCUGA